GAGCUUUUCUCAAUUCGAGUGAAGAUGAGGUUCGUUGCGGUCCUUGUAACAGCACUGCUAAUCAUAACACUUUGUGAAGCGGGACGUCACAACCACAAAGGUGGCAACAACAACAGGUUGAUCGAAUUGCUGACAGCCGGUAUUGUGGCUAAAGUCCUCCAGAAGCAAGAAGGAGGCGAGCACCAUGGAGGAGGACACGAGUAUUACCCGGUGCCAGUGCCACUGCCAAUGGGCUCCCAAACGAAGCAUCACCAUAUCACAGAAAAGAUUAUACCCAUUCCUAUUCCCCAUCAUACGACUCGAAUCAUACACAUAAAUGCCGGCCACGGCUCUCAGGGAAUGGGAGGUGGCAUUGGUGGAAGUGGAGGCGGUAGCGGCGGUGGAGGAGGCGGGUUUGACCAUGGAAGUUUCGGCGAGGGUCACGGCGGAUUCGGAGGCAGCCACAGUCAUGGCGGCUUCGGGGACCACCACCACGAAAACGACCACCAUGACGAUGACCAUCACCACCAUCACCAUGCGGGAUCGAGUCCAGCCAUUCAGCAACUCACAUUUCAUGACACUGGCGUGUAUGGGCAACCACCACCUCCAGUGUCACCACAACAAAUGCGACCCUCGGCGGCUUACCUAGCUUACCGGAGACCACAUAUAGGGCUAAUGCCAGCUGUUCCAAUUCCAGCAGCGGCUCAUCCAGCUUAUCUCGCGGUGAGGGCGAGGUAUCAUCCCUACAUGACUGUGAGGCAGAGAAUGCCGAUGGCAGCGGCAGCCUACAGCUCUCAUCUAUAUGCUAUGCCCUAUGCAAGAAUGCCACAUGCUGCCGCUAGUUACAUAAACCCUGCCUUGUUACGGAGGCCAUACCGGCCAUAUAUGCUACCGUAAGGCAUGGU